AUGGUCGAUAACGAGUCAUCACCUACCGACCAGGAAAGUAUGGUCUCAUCGCUAGCAUCCGAAUCGGAGAUAGACGGUCAAGACCCGGAUCAUGAAAUGAACAAAAUAUUGACCUCUCACUUUGACGUAGGGGAUGCUUUACAAAUGGAUGGAAAUGCUUCUCGCAUGAAUCCAGAACAAUCAACCGAUCUGGAGGCCUCUCCAGUGGUAGACAACAUUGAAUCGCAUGACGGGGCACAACGACAAGAUAUAGAGACUAGUUCCGAAGCUCAUUCGGUGAAAAGUAUCGAUUCAAAAGCUCAUUUGUAUGAGGGCCAGAUCGGGCAACAUAGAAUACAAGAAAUUAAAUCGUCGAAUAAUUGCACAGAGAGUUUGUCAAGAAACUCAACAAGGCGUUCUAAAUCGCAACAUAAUGAAGAUAAUCAAUCCAUUGUACAGCGAGUAUAUACUAACCAAACUACAGGUAAACUAGACUUGCCUCCGGAUGGUGGAUAUGGCUGGGUUUCCCUAGUUUGUGUCUUUUUGACAAUGUUCUCGUCGUGGGGUUGUAACUCAAGUUUUGGUGUUUUUUUAGCAUUUUACCUGAACAAUGACACAUUUCCAGGAGCAUCAAAAUAUGACUACGCGCUUAUUGCAGGUUUACCGGUUUUUAUAGGUCAAGUUUUAUGUCCAAUAGUCACUGUCAUCAUGAAAGUGAUUGGCAUCAAGCCGACGAUGUUAAUCGGUGUUACUAUUUCAUUUGCAGGAUUUUUAUUAGCUUCUUUUGCCACUAAACUUUGGCAUUUGUACGUUACGCAAGGUAUGAUGAUUGGUAUUUCGAUCGCUUUUGUCUUCAUUCCAGCUACAACCAUUAUACCAGGCUGGUUUUUAAAGAAAAGGGCGGUGGCAAUGGGUUUAUCAUUAUCAGCAACCGGUGUUGGUGGUGUCGUUUACGGUUUAUCAGUAAACAAACUGAUUCAGGAUGACCACGAGACUAAGUGGGCUUUAAGGAUGUUAUGUAUUGUGACAACUAUAACAUUGCUACUUGCAAUUACAUUUAUCAAACAAGCUUUCCCUACCAAACCUUUAGGUAUUCGAUCUUUUACUGUUAUUAGAAAUGAAUUUGUAAAAAUGUUCAAAGUUAACCUUUUAGAGAAACCGUUUAUUGCUCUAAUAGCAUUCUGGUUCACAUUUGCUCUAUUUGGCUACAAUUUGAUGAUUUUCACUCUCUCAUCAUACGCUGUUGCAAGAGGGUUAUCUUCACACGAUGGUUCUACUUUAACUGCGGUUUUAAAUGCAUGUCAAGCUAUAGGGAGACCGAUGCUUGGUCUCUUAGGAGAUAGGUACGGCAGAACAAAUAUUACAACUCUUUUUACUGUUAUCAUCUUGAUACUGUUAUUUGCCUUCUGGAUUACUGCACAUACAUUUUUGCAAUUAUUAUUUUUUGUUAUAAUGUUGGGAAGUUGUGUCGGUGUUGCUAAUGUUAUGAGUACGGUAUUAAUUGCAGACAUGGUUGGUCCAACGGAUUUCUUACCUGCUUGGAGUUUUGUUAAUUAUGCAGGUUCUGGUAUGUUUUUAGUGUGUGAAGUUAUUGCUCAAGCGUUAGUUGACGAACAGAAUGUUUCAAAUCCAUACAUACAUACUCAAAUUUUUGCCGGUUUAUGUUUUGUGGUUGCUCUAAUUUUAGUCUUAUUAUUAAGACAAAUUAAUGUAACACAGAAGAUGGAGCAAAUAAGGAAAAAUAUUGUAAUUAAAUUAAAUGAGUAUGAAAGUGAGGUUAGCGACGAUGAUUAUGAAGAACAGAAGUUAAUGGUAGCUGAAAAACAGAAGUUGCUUGAAGAUAAAGCACAUUAUGAUCAACACUUGGAAUCGGGAAUCAAAGCAUUUUUCGUUAGAAUGACAUAUCCAAUGAAAGUUUAA